GCGCUCCCCCGCCCCCGGCUCCGCGCCCUGGGGACAGCUGGCAGCCCAGCGCGGGACCAGACACAAAGCGGAUCAGCCUGGGGGCGGGGGCCCGACCUGCAGGACUCUCCCUCCAGCAGCCAGCCUCCUGCCGCCGCCCCUGGCUUAGGACCCUGCGGACACCGCGCCCCGCGUCCACGCCCUCUCCUCAAGUCCCCCCAACCCUUAAAAAGAAGGAACGUCCCAGACUCAGGGCCAGAAGACCUGCCAGUGGAGACACCCGGGACCAAAGAGACUGACAUCGCGACAGGACCCGCCCCUCUGCCUCCACUUCUCCCGGACCUCUGCUCUCCGCCACCCAACCAAGUGCUGGGGGCCCGGCCCGCCUGUCACGCUCCAGCCGGGGACCCUCGGCUACGCAGCCAGCUGGCGUCCGCGUAGAUGGCGAGGAGCCCCCAAGGCCUCCUGAUGCUGCUGCUGCUGCACUACUUAAUGAUCGCCCUGGACUAUCAUAAGGCAAAUGGGUUUUCUGCAUCAAAAGACCACCAUCAAGAAGUUACUGUAAUAGAAUACCACGAGGCUAUUUUAGCUUGUAAAACCCCAAAGAAGACUACUUCCUCCAGAUUGGAGUGGAAGAAACUGGGACAGGGUGUCUCCUUGGUCUACUAUCAACAGGCUCUCCAAGGUGACUUUAAAGAUCGAGCUGAGAUGAUAGAUUUCAACAUACGAAUCAAAAAUGUUACAAGAAAUGAUGCUGGAAAGUAUCGCUGUGAAGUCAGCGCUCCAUCUGAGCAAGGCCAAAACCUGCAGGAAGACACAGUCACUCUAGAAGUCUUGGUGGCUCCUGCAGUUCCUUCAUGUGAAGUACCCACUUCGGUUAUGAGUGGGAGUGUUGUAGAGCUACGGUGUCAAGAUGGAGAAGGAAACCCAGCUCCCGAAUACACGUGGUUUAAAGAUGGCACCAGUUUGCUUGGCAAACACAACAGCUCAUACACAAUGAAUACAAAAUCUGGAAUUCUGCAAUUUAACAUGGUUUCCAAGAUGGACAGUGGGGAAUAUCACUGUGAAGCCCGUAACUCUGUCGGAUACCGCAGCUGUCCUGGGAAAAGAAUGCAAGUAGAUGUUCUCAACAUAAGUGGCAUCAUAGCAGCUGUAGUAGUUGUGGCCUUCGUGAUUUCAGUAUGUGGCCUUAGUGUAUGCUAUGCUCAGAGAAAAGGCUACUUUUCAAAAGAAACUUCCUUCCAGAAGGGUGGUCCUGCAUCUAAAGCCACUACAAUGAGCGAAAAUGAUUUCAAGCACACAAAAUCCUUUAUAAUUUAAAAGAAUUCCACUUUCAAGAUGCACCAAAACCACAGCUGUCACACAAGUUAUUAAAAUAUUGUAAAAAUCUGCUUUGUCUUACCUUUGCAAAGAGAUGGCUGAGGAGAUGACAUCAUAAUUUUUAUGACCUCCAAUUCACCUGAAAUUGUUAUUUUAAGCAGAGUUCUUGCCAUCACCUAAAGUACAAUCUGGUAUCUUGUGUCUGAACUAAAGAGAAGGGAAAUGCCUGGUACAUCCAGAGUUUUGUGAAAUGCAAAUGAAUGUCCUAAGUUUUAGAAAAUUUACUAUAUCAUACCGACUGCGAAGCUAACCCAAGAGGCAUGGAUACACUGCAAGUGCUCUCCGUGCAAGAGUGGCCUAUGUGUUCAGGAAAUACUCUACAGAACGCAAACUUCCCACCAGAACCUUCUUCUUACCUCUCAAUAACCCUAUUCCCAUGGUCCCUUGUCUCUAAUAUGUCCGUAGGGGAAGCCCAGGGCUGGGUCUUCCGCCCAAGGAUUUGCACUUUGUGUUUACUUUCACCUCUCAGAACCAAAACCACCACGAAUGGAGCUGCUUGCUGCUAUCUCCAUCUCCUGAGACUCCUUUGGAGAGGCUCCAGGACCUGGGCAUCGGAAUGCACUACUAGAACCUACACAGCUUCGUAGACACCUUUCUCUGCAUGAGUGGUGAUCUUCUAUCUGUCUCGAAAAACAGUUCUGAGCUGGGCUAGUCCCUCACUGCUGAAGAUAAGGAGUUGCCAAUCUGCUUCUAAUAGAAACAGGACAUGGGGGAGAGAAAUGUUUGCCCUCUAUGUAAAAUGUGGACAAAUGAGCUCAUUUUGACUCCCAGCUUGCUUGAUACAGCAUAGGCACAUGAGAAACCAUGGCUGAAAUGAGAAAAGGGUCUAAUGUUUUCUCAACUGUUUAACCACAAAGGCCAGUGGCUGAUGUCAGAAUAUGAAAUUCUCAGGGCUCAACAGUAAAACCAGUCCGGUUUGCACUGUUUGGGACUGGUUUAGCCAUAUUGAAAACAAAAUGCAACUAGGGAUGUCUAGUUCUGGGUAAUAGCAUGAGAAGGUCAUUUGUCAGCUUUAAACAUGGUUAAAUUGGCGCCAAAAGAAUUUGUUCUUUCUACCCAAAAAGCAAAGCAGAUUCUCGAGAUUCACUGAACAAGUGGAGUAGGUGGUUACUGAGUACCUGGUUGUAUCAGGUCACUGGGGAGUUGCCCACUGCCAUACUGCUCCCUUAACUGUGUGGCCUUCAGUCCUUCUCAGUAGACCCUUCCUAAAGGUGGAACUUGUGUAAACUGCUCUGCUCUCAAGGUCAGAUUCACACUCAGUCGAGCCAGGAAACUCUACAAACAACAACACAGUAGACACUUUAACUCCCAUGCUUCCUGUUGCGACCCAAGGAGAACAGGCGAGUAAGUGUGCCUCUGUUCCAAGAAAACGUAAUUCACAAAACCAGUGACACAGGCGGGAUUCGCCCACAGGGACAAUCUCCUCAUUCCUGGGAGCAAAUGACAAACGUGUGGUGUAUAAGAAAUCAGGGUGAAUGUUGCCUAUGCCAUGACUAUAAGACCCGCUUUGACAGGAGGAAUGCUGUCCUGCAGUGCCAAGUAGACACACGAUCUCAAGGACGCCUUUGCAGGCCAUACUCCACCAUCACAAGACCAACGGCCUCAACUUCACUGACACACAUCCACAGUGUGAGAGGACAAGUAUGUAGUGCCUUAACUUCACUAACAGAUGAAAAGCUUCCUUUCAACACACUGAAGCCUAGAGGUUCAUUUCAUGCCAUGUAAAAAUCUAACAAAGUCUGUGCCAAACACCUAUUAGACAUUAUGAACUAAAUACUGUACAUAGCUAAGCAGAGACCAUUGAAUAAAGAAUACUUUCUUCUACACAAAGGAUGUAACUGCAAACACUAAUCUUCUAGUUAUUAAGUCUAUCACAGUGGUCACUGCCAUCCACUUGUCCACUUGCUGUUUUCUGAGACUUGAACACUAAUAGUGUAUCAAAGUCCAGCAUUUUGGUUUUAUUUUUCCACAGUGAACCUGUGACCUGGCUCUAGAACUAUGGUCAAAACCUUUGUUUUAGUACUGUUGCCACUGUAACUAGAAGCAACUUAUUUUAGUUAGGGUGGGGGUUAACUUAACUUAGUCUGAGUGUUUAUUUUUCAAUACAACUUUACAAAGAACUUCCUUCAUUCUACAGCUCACCUUUUGAUGAAAGUCCACAUUUCAAAAAUAGCUACAGGCAGCUAAACUUUUUAGCCUCAUUCAACAGAGCAGAGGAAGCCACUCACCUAUUGUUCAGUAAAACCCAGGAAACCCCUCCCUCUGGCCACCUGCCGCUAUGGGGUAGCUCUUCAGUAGCUUAAGAUGAGGAUCUGACUCAUGGCUCAGCUUGGAUCCCUGCCAACUUCUAAAGUCAGAAUACAAAGGGAAAAUACUCAUUGGAUGCUUUAUUGGAUGUAUGUCAGAGGUGGGGAUAGGGAAGUGCAAAUCUCAUUCCUCCUAAGAGGUUAAAGAGGGGCCUGCCGUUUUACAGUUGGCCACUUCUCAGGUGUGCAGGGCUGCUGCUAAAGGAGUUGGGGAGUUGGGGUCUUCAUGAACACAUGUCCACCUGAUCCACAGUUCAUACUUUUUCUUCAUUUUAAAUUCUCCAGUUCCUUAUACUUCCUCUUCAUCCUCAGUAACCUCUGGCUCACCCAGCCCUCUCUGGUCCCCAAACCUAUCUGUCUCCUAUCCAUUCUGUCAUGGCGGGACACAUCUUCAUCCACUGAUUUUCAGAUCUCUGACCCGGUAUUUAAAAUGAUUCUCACAAAGUCAUCUCCAAGCAUACUUCAUUUUGACUGAUUAUCAGCCCGUCUCCUUUUCCGUUUCCCUCUGUAAGGCUGUUAUGGCCCUCGGUAUUCUCCUUCCAUUCUGUCCUGUUGUCUUCCCACCCCCACUCCUAAGCCUCUAUUUCAUGGACCCCCGCUUCUGCCUCCCUGGGCUCUCCUCACAUCUCCUCCCACCUAGAUAAACAGACUCAGCAGCUAGAAGCUAGAAUCCACACAAGAACUUGGGCACUUGUGUCUGAGUCUAAUCCUUCCCAGCUCCAUCCAUUUUCUGGCAAUUUCAUUGUUCUUCACGGCUGAGUACAAUUCUGUUGUAACUUCUUGUGUUUCAAUGUUGUUAGUCAUCGACAUUACAUGUAAAUUCUAACUGCACAACCAUCCCAUCCCUAAAUUUCUCCAUCUUUAACUUCCUCAUGGUGCCAUUCAAACUGGAAUCUCAGGCUUCCGUCACCCUCCCCUCUUCUUUCUGGGGCCUUCUCUCAAGACCCUCUUUCAGUCACUUAACCUCUCCUGCUCCAAGGCAUCGUUUCCUCACCCCAUCGGACAGCGUGCCUAUGUACUGUCAUGUCUAAGGACAACUCCCUUCCCUCUUCCCCUGCCUAAACACUUCUCACUCUUUCUUGACUGAAUCAAGUCUACAUUCCAGAUGGGAAUUAAAAUGCUCCUCCUAUCCCUCACACAUAAGCUCUCAUAUUACAACCCACCUGAGCAGCCACAUCCUAUUCUUCUUCGAUUACAUUAUUAUUCACUGAUCAAAUGAACUGUUUGUCUUUACAAUUUAUUCUGCCCCUUUGAAUACACGCAUGUAUUUACAAUACUUCCCUUGGAAUACUAGUCCUCAGCACAAGCUAUGGACAUUCUACUUGUAACAGACAAGUCAAAUUCAACUUGCUCUAGCACAGCCUUCUCAUUUCCUAGCUGCAAGUUUCUUCUCUGAAUUCGCAAGACAUUUGAUUCUUCUUUGGUAUUUACUCAUUCCUGUGUUAUAGCCUAAGUAUGGACAUGUCUGACCCCUCUGCCAAUCUGAAACCCCAAGAAAAAAGACUGACUCAUGUUGUCCAGGUCUUCAUAAACCCCAAGGUAUUUAAUAGAAUCUAACAUGAAAACAGUUCCUAAAAGUGCUGAAUACUUGUGAAGCACAGAGAAUGAUUAAAUGUAAUCAUCUACUUAGAUUAAUAAAACAUUAUAUUCUGAUACGACUCAA